CGCGCGCGCGCAUUCGUGCGUGUGUUCCCCCGUGUGGUUGCCAUAGCAACCACCUUGCGUACAUAUUUGCUACACCGAAACAACAAUCAAGGUGGUUUUAACUAACAGCUAAUUCAACACGUUCUAUUAUUCAUUUUGUGCUUCGGUUAAUGUUGCUUCAUCAAUCUUAUUACAAUGCCGCGUUCGAAGUAUUUUACACCAAACGAAGUUUCCGUGCACAACACAAUAGGAGACCUGUGGGUAUCGUAUCUGGGUAAAGUUUACAACUUGACGCCUUUGCUUCAGGAUUACAAAGGAGAUCUACUUUUAAAACCGAUUAUAGAAAGUGCAGGCAAGGACAUCAGCCACUGGUUUAACCCCAAAACGAAAGAUAUUAUUACCCAUGUUGAUCCCUUAACCGGCUGUGUGAAGUAUUACACCCCCAGGGGGCGCUUUGUGCAUGUGCCCCCCACGUGCCCAAGCACUGAGUGGGCCAAUGAUUUUGGGAAGCCUUGGUGGAAAGACAUGCGCUAUGAAGUUGGCAUUCUAACAGCCAAGGCACGCUGGAUCCGCAUUAUCAACACACUCACUGCCCAGGAACAGAGGCUGGAGGUAUGUUCUGAGGAAACAAUGAAUGAGAUUUUACACCGUUACCUGCACUACAACUCCCAUGCAGCAAGCUACACCUGGAAGCAUAAUGGUGUCAAUCUGGACAUGAGUAAAACUUUGAGUGAAAACGGGAUUCUGGACGAAGAUGAGGAGCUGGACCAUUGUCGGAUGGAUCGUGACCUCUACACUCCAUCCAUAUGUCUGUACUUCAAUGAUGACCUUACUGAACUUUGACCAAAAGAGCAGACUAUUAUCAUAUACAACUUAUAAAUGCUGAUAUUGAAACAAAACAAAAUAUAUUCAUUCUAAAUUGUAAUUAUUAAUUGUUAAUACAGCAUUUCAUUGUACCAGGGGUGUUGAUGGAAUAUCACAGAAAUGUCACAUUCUUCUUAAAUUUCAUUGAGUUACCAUAUCACAUUCCGAUCGCUAUUUAUUCAAACACAGAU